AUAUAAACCUCAGCUGGACUGCUGCUGGGUGGGAGGUGAGCAAUAACAAAAAUGGGGAAGAUUGUAUUCUUUGAGGAUAAGAAUUUCCAAGGUCGCUGCUAUGAGUGCAGGAGCGAUUGCCUUGAUCUACACUCCUACUUCAGCCGCUGCAACUCUAUCAGGGUGGAGAGUGGCUGCUGGGUGCUGUACGAGCGCCCCAACUACGGGGGCUACCAGUAUAUUCUGAACCCUGGAGAGUACCCUGACCACCAGCAGUGGAUGGGCUUCAAUGACAACAUCAGAUCAUGCCGCUCAAUUAAAAACGUCUAUGGAAAUUCCUGGAAGAUCCGAUUCUACGACAAACGGGAUUUCGGAGGCCAGAUGGCCGAGUGGAGCGAGGACUGCCCAUCUUUCACUGAUACCUUCAAGUUCCACGAGUUUCACUCCUGUGUGGUGAUGGAUGGUGCCUGGGCCCUGUAUGAGCAGCCCAGCUACCACGGUCGCCAGUACUUCCUGGAGCGCGGGGAGUACCAGAACUACUCUGACUGGGGUGCCAACUCCCCUGCUGUGGGGUCCUUCCGCAGGAUCACUGAGUUCUAGAGCCCGCUGCCACCCCCACCCCCCAAUCCUCCUCCUGCCCAGCAGAAGUGCAGCCCCCUUGGACACUGACCACUGAGUCCAUCAAUAAAAACUAUUGUCUGAUACA